AUGGAUGGUGACAAACAGAUAAUAGCUAAUAUUGCUAUCAAAGAAAAUUAUCAGCAACUGAAGCGUGAUCGAAAACGCAAACAGAUUAACAAUAUUAGUAAAUCAUCGGCUCUAAAAAUAUACUGGGAUAAAUACACCGAUCUUCAUAUCGACACUUUAAUGAAGCAAACUUUUCCAUUUAUCACUAAAAAUAAUCGAUAUUCGUUGCAUGCAAUACGUCGAGAAAUUGCCCUAAUAUUACAUCUAAUACCGAAUUUUACAUUACGUAAACUUUAUCUUCAACCGUUUUACUCACUGCAUAUACAGGAUUUACGAGAAAUUGAAAUGCGCACGAAAAAAUCAGCAAGACAACUUUUUGGUGCAUUAGAACAUUUGGAUUUACGUGGUUGUGCAGUGGAAUACGCUGAAUUGCGAUAUUUCUCGAAUGCAUGCACCCGACUUUCAUCAAUUGCACUCACGCAUGCUGCUGUAUUCCUACCAAAUGAAAUAUUUGUAAACGAUAAUUUGCUGAAAAAACAUCAUUUGAAAGAUCCGUUCGGAAUAAUUCGUAAUUUUCUUCGUAUAUCACUUCCAAAUUUCACGGAGAUGGAAAAACGAGGAAUGCUACCGGUGGAACAUAUUGAAUUGCUUUUUAAGCUACUCAUCUUAUUUCCAUAUCUUCAUACUUUUCAGAUCGAUUGA